CUCCUCCUCAUUUACCAUAUAUGGACACCAACACCCUCUGGGCGAGCUGCGAUUGGUACUGGCUCUUAGCGAAAGCGGGGUCGAAAAUCUUUGCGACGCGUUGGAUCUUGUGGAAGCAAACGAGGCAGGUAGGCAGACUAUAAUGGUCCUUAGUCAGAUGGAUGCCGGCAAAGCUCUGACGGCGGCAGCAGCCAAAGGGAACACCAGCGAAGUGCAGAGGAUCCUGGAGGAAUGCAGAGUGCAUCCUGAUACUCUGAAUGAGUUUGGCAGGACAGCACUACAGGUGAUGAUGAUGGGGAACUCCAAGAUUGCCAGUUUGCUGUUAGAAAAAGGAGCCGAACCCAACAUCCAGGACAGGCAUGGGAUAACGCCUGUCCACGAUGCAGCUCGAACAGGAUUCCUCGACACCGUGCAGGUUCUGGUGGAGUACGGCGCUUCAGUAAACAUCCCGGAUCAGAAUGGAGCGCUGCCUAUCCACAUUGCCAUCCGGGAAGGCCACCGGGAUGUUGUGAAGUAUUUGGCACCACUGUCUGACCUAAAGCACGCCAACAUCAGCGGUCAGACAGCGAUAGACGUGGCCCGAGCUUCGUGUGUGCCAGAUAUGAUUGACUUGCUUUUUUCGCACGUUCAUAGUUAGCCUGAAAAGUGGGUGCAUUCUGCCUAACCCUAACCUCACACUUUGUUUUGCUUCAGACCUGGUAACUUGAUUUUGUUGCUGUGUAAAGGAUUUUUUUCUUUUGUUAACAGUGGCUCAGCAUUAUUAUGUGACGGGACAUAUUGUCUUGGCAGCUUAUUUUCAGUGGAUGGGUGGCUAUAUACUGUAGACACCUCUUUUGCACAGUGCAAUUUAGGCACCUUAUAUGAACAUAUACAUAUAUAUCUGUUUUCCCUAUAAACUGGGAGUGCACAUUUAUAGAUAGUUCUCUCCCUCCCAAGUGUUUUCUAAUUAUUUCCUUUGUGUACGAAUUGUAACAGUUGUAUGUUUUUUAAUUUACAAAACUUGACAUGGUGCACCCUGAUUGCUUUGCAUAGUUGUUUCUAUUAAUUAGAUGUAGUUAGACUUUGAAUUUACUCCUAUUUAUUGUUGGAAUAGGACUGAAUAUUUGUCUUUGUAAAUAGCGACCCUUAUUGUGAUUUGUUGAAAUGUUAUUUAUAUAAAUACUUUUAAAAACCUAAGUGAGAUUAUUCACUAUUUGAAGAAGA